AAUAAACGCUGCUAAUUUGAGCCAGCGCUUUAGAUAUUGCUCACCAUGUUUCGUCUUCUUCGACAAUCUUCCGUGUCACUGCUUGUUGGUGUUGUUUUUGGCUGCAGCGUCAUCGCUUUCUUGAAUCAGUCACUUAACCUAAGAUUUUACCAAAAAAAUGUCGCCAAUGGUGAUAGGAAACAAGAGCUUAAUACAAUCAAAUCUCACGCUGAAAAUGUCAUUGUGGAUAAAAAAGGAAAAGAUCUGUAUGAUAAAGUACGUAUUCUUUGCUGGGUGAUGACUACUCCCGCCAAUCACGAAACUAAAGCUUUGGCCGUCAAAGAAACAUGGGGUCCUCGCUGCAACGUUUUACUGUUUAUGAGUUCUACAAACGAUACGAAGCUUCCAACGGUUGGGCUACCAGUGGGAGAAGGUCGAGAUGCGCUAUGGGGAAAGACUCGGGAGGCAUUUCGUUAUGUGUGGGAACGUUAUCAAGAUAAAGUCGAUUGGUUUCUUAAAGCUGACGACGACACGUAUGUUAUCGUAGAAAAUCUGCGUUAUUUUCUUUCCGGAUUUAACACAUCUCAACCACUGUAUUUCGGCCACAAAUUUAAAACGAUUGUUAAAAAUGGUUACUUCAGUGGUGGUGCUGGUUAUGCAUUGAGCAAAGAAGCUACCAGGAGAUUUGCAACAAUAGGAUACCAUAACGAAUCCCUUUGCCGGAAGGAUCAUAGAGGAGCCGAAGAUGCAGAAAUGGGAAAUUGCAUGGAAAAGUUGAACGUCUCAGCAAUGGACACGAGAGAUUCGCAAGGGAGAGGAAGAUUCUUUCCGUUCGGUGCAGAUUCUCACUAUUUUCCUGGUGAAAUCCAUUCCGGCGACUAUUGGUACUGGGAUUACAUUUACUACCCUCCUACCCAGGGACGUAAUUGCUGUUCAGAUAGCACUAUAUCCUUCCAUUACAUUGACCAAAGAACCAUGUACAUACUGGAUCUCUUCUUCUAUCAAAUUCGUCCUUUUGGGUUGGUGGACAAUCGUCCUGCAAUUCCAGAACCACCACCAGAUGUAAAUCUCACUGCCCCUCGCUGGUUUGCCCCACCAAAGCCCACGACAUCCCCGCCUCCUACGACGAUCCCAACAUCAACGAAGAGUACGACAACCUUGAAACCAAAGACAACUACUAGCCAAACAACCUUGAAACUCAAUAUCACUAGUCAAACAAGCGCUCCAGUUACAACGAAGAAGGUAGAGGCCCAGAAAAUUGUUGAUUCAAAUAGCACAAAGGUGAACGCAAGCACUACGAAGAAAAACUGACAGGUUUUUUAAAAUUUUGUCAUUAAUAUUUUGCAAAUAGUUCAUUUGCAAUCCUCUUCAUAACAUAACAAAUCCAUAAGGUAUCAAUUUAAUCCGAAGGUGCCAUUAUGCUUGUGUGUUGAAACCGAUUUGGUAAACUUGUUGAAAGUUAACGAAAAAUCGAUGGUGUGUCACAA